UUACCCGAUGUCGUCGUCUUUAUCUCGGACCAAGAUGGCUGCGCCCUUGGACUGAAUCUAUGUUUAUAAUAUUUGCAAGACAUCUAUGCCCAUAUCAGAAAGAUUGAUCAACGGAGCAUGGGGACAAUGAUUUUACAACGAGUGAGACUUGCGCUGAAGUACAGCAGUAUAGGUGCAGUAGUUGGGGGUUCCGUGUACUUAUUGAGGAAAAAUGACUGGGAGAUGUCAACAGUGGGUGUGGUUAGGUUUGGCAGGGCUGCAGCGGCAGCUGCAAGUAUAGUUGCAGAUUACAAAUGGAACCUAAGAAAUGUAGAUCCAAAGUCGAAAGAAUAUGAACUCCUUAAAUCACAGAUACACACAAGAUCAGCUUUAAAAUUACGUGCAAUGUGUUGUAAAAAUGGUGGGGCAUUCAUCAAAGUAGGUCAGCACGUGGGCACGCUAGAGUACCUUCUGCCAGCAGAGUAUGUUAACACAAUGAAGAUUCUUCACAAUGACGCCCCUCAAUCUGCCAUCGAAGACUUGUUCAAAGUGUUCGAGGAAGAUAUAGGUAAAAAGGUAGAGGAUGUGUUUGUGUCAUUCUCCAAAGAACCUUUGGGUACGGCAUCCCUAGCUCAGGUCCACAAGGCAACCACAAAGGAUGGUAAAGUUCUGGCUGUGAAAAUUCAGCACCCAAAAGUUAAAGCACAUUCAUACCUGGACAUAAGAACAAUGGAGUUUCUGAUCAAUCGUGUAGCUUGGAUAUUUCCUGACUUCCAGUACGUUUGGUUAGCUGAAGAAACUAGAAGAAAUCUACCAAAAGAGUUGGAUUUUAUAAAGGAAGGUGAACAUUGUGAAAGGGCUGCCAAAAUGUUCAGUCAUUUUAAAUUCUUAAAGGUACCAAAGGUAUAUUGGGAUUUAUCCAGUGAGAGAGUGCUGACCAUGGAAUAUUGUGAGGGUGGAAAAGUUGAUGAUAGGGCAUACAUGAAAAAACACAAAAUAGAUGUGAAUGAGGUAUCAAGAGAUUUAGGGAAGCUUUACAGUGAGAUGAUAUUUGUCAAUGGUUACGUUCACUGUGACCCACAUCCUGGGAACGUUCUAGUCAACAAAACAAAGCAGGGCACACAGAUUGUGCUGCUUGAUCAUGGACUGUAUCAGACAUUAACAGAUGAUUUCCGUAUCAACUAUUGUAAGCUAUGGAUGUCCAUUAUACAGACCAACCUGAAGGGCAUUGAGAAAUAUUCCAAGAAUUUAGACGUAGGCAGAUUAUACCCAUUGUUUGCUUGUAUGCUGACAGCGCGAUCAUGGGAUGCUGUAACACACGGUAUAGAUACUAGGGAAGUCACUGAUAAAGAAAAUGACGAGUUACGAGAAAACGCUGCAACCUACUUCAUUGAAAUAUCCCAGGUUUUGAACAGUAUACCUCGACAAAUGCUGCUCAUCAUGAAAACUAAUGAUGUUUUACGUGGAAUUGAAGCAGCUCUGCAGACACGAUCAAAUGCAUCGUCUUUCAUUAACAUGUCUAAAUGUUGUAUUCGAGCGCUCGGAAGAGAAAAGUUAAAGAAUUGUGAAGGUUACUUUCAGAUGUUGCGGACUCAGUCCUACACGCACUGGCAGUUAGCUAGAAUUCAGUUAUAUGAGUUUAUAUUGUGGCUUAGAUCCUCUGCCUUAGUUAGGUGGUUUAAAGGGAACAAACAAGUGACUGCAAGUUGAUGUUAGUUAACUUAGUUCACUAACUUAGUGAUGUUAGUUUUAUAUUUUUUGAAUGUGAGUUGUAGAUAGUGACAUGCCCAUAUCACCAGUGUACAGUCAGACCGGACUACUUUUUUGUGCUGACUGACCAGAAUGUAUACUGUUGGUUGCUGGAUUUAUGAUUUUGAAAUUAAAACCCCUAAAAAUAGAAGUGGACAGUUCCAAAGUAAAAGUAGGGCAAGUCCAUUAUAGAAAUAAAGUGAUAUAAGAGGUCAAUAUUUUAAGGUCUUAGAGCAAGAACCAUUGACAACAAGUUGUUUUUGUACAUUAAAUGUUUUUACUCUUCUGCUAAAGGUGUUGCUUUAAUUUUGCAUAAAAAAUGGGAAAUGAAAAUAGAAAUGAUCAUAAGAUGUCAGAGUUCCAGAUAAUUUUUUGGCGCUGGGGGUAAUUACCCCCACUUUUCAGAAUGUGGGAGUAAAUUUAGAUAAACCGUAAAUCUAAAGAGUACAAUUAAAUGAGUUUACUUUUUUUGCUGCAUCACAGGUUUAUUACAUUGAAAUUAACACACCAUAAUGACCAUUCUCUGAUAUUAAGGCUUCAGCCAUAAGGCCUUUACCAUUUUCUUAAUUUUUUUUAACACUGUUUACAACAAAAAUCGGUGACAAUUCAUAAACAAUAACGUUACAAAUAAUCACCUGUCAGUUGCCGAUUUCUGUAUAUUCAUUGCACAUUCAUUAGCCCAUACAAUGCCAGCUUUAAAUUUAUGACAUAGUUAUGUGCGCCCUUUUCACUUUAAAUAAUUAUACAGUAUGAAAAAAUAGUUGGUGUUAUUUUUCGGGUAUUAAACAGGAAAAAGAAACACAGUCAACUGUUAAACGGGAACGGAAUCAGCUGUUUCGAAAAUGAAAGUACACACGAAAUACGCUUCGAUUUUUCAUUCUUUGCGUAUUUAAUUUAUAGCAUGCGUAAAUGAACGCAAGA